AUGGUGGAGCCUAUUUUUGAUUAUCAAUUUCGUUUGAUAUUAAUUGGCGAUUCUACGGUGGGCAAAAGUUCGCUAUUGAAAUUUUUCACAGAUGGAAAAUUUGCAGAGCUUUCCGAUCCCACAGUGGGUGUGGACUUUUUUGCCCGUUUAAUUGAAAUGAAAGAUGGUACACAGAUCAAACUACAACUCUGGGAUACAGCCGGACAGGAACGUUUUCGUUCCAUAACAAAAUCCUAUUAUCGUAAUUCAGUUGGCGUUCUACUUGUAUACGAUAUAUCAAAUCAUGCCAGUUUCGAGCAUAUACCGCUGUGGAUGAUGGAGGCGCAACGACACAUUGAACCACAUCGUCCGGUCUUUGCAUUAGUUGGCUGUAAGCUAGAUCUAGUAAAUGCUGGCGGUCAACGGGAAGUCUCUUUUGAGGAGGCACAAGCAUUUGCCAAACAGCAUGGUUUGCAUUUUGUUGAGACAUCGGCCCGAACAGGUUUGAAUGUCGAAGAAGCAUUUCGUAUGGUCACCCAAGAAGUUUAUGCCCGCAUACGUUCCGGUGAAUAUAAAGUUGAAGAUGGUUGGGAUGGCAUAAAAACUGGUUUUGCCCGACCAAAUAGUCAUGAUUUUAAUUUGGUUGUGGCCGAGGCAGAGAAAUCCUCCUGUUGUUGAGUUGUUAAUUGUUUUUCAUUAAUUUGGAAAAAUUUAAAUUUUUAAUUAAGAGCAUAAA